GUCGCAAAACGUCGUGGUGGCUGGCACUGCGCUGGGAUGUGCAGCUUCCGCGCUGCACGGCGCCGGCGCGGCUGAGCGCAGAGAUGUCGGCGUCGGGCCGGGGGGAGCCCUGCGGUCCUCCCGGCAGCUACGCGAAGCGGGUGCUGGUGACCGGGGGCGCUGGCUUCAUUGCAUCCCACGUGAUUGUCUCCUUGGUGGAAGAUUAUCCCAACUACAUGAUCAUAAAUCUAGACAAGCUGGAUUACUGUGCAAGCUUGAAGAAUCUGGAACCCGUCUCUAACAAGCAAAACUACAAAUUUAUACAGGGUGACAUCUGCGACUCUCACUUUGUGAAGCUGCUGUUUGCGAUGGAGAAAAUAGAUAUAGUCCUGCAUUUUGCUGCACAGACACAUGUAGAUCUUUCGUUUGUCCGUGCCUUUGAGUUCACAUAUGUCAAUGUUUAUGGCACUCAUGUUUUGGUAAGUGCUGCGUACGAAGCCAGAGUGGAGAAAUUUAUCUACGUCAGCACAGACGAAGUGUAUGGAGGCAGUCUCGAUCAGGAGUUUGAUGAAUCAUCGCCCAAACAACCUACAAACCCAUAUGCCUCAUCUAAAGCAGCUGCUGAGUGCUUUGUGCAGUCUUAUUGGGAGCGAUACAAGUUUCCAGUUGUCAUCACCAGAAGCAGUAAUGUUUAUGGACCACAUCAGUACCCUGAAAAGGUUAUUCCAAAAUUUAUAUCUUUGCUCCAGCAUGACAGGAAAUGCUGUAUUCACGGAUCAGGGCUUCAAAGAAGAAACUUCCUCUAUGCGGCUGAUGUGGCGGAAGCCUUCCUCACCGUCCUCAGAAAGGGAGAACCAGGGGAAAUUUACAACAUUGGGACCAGCUUUGAAAUGUCGGUUGUCCAGCUUGCGAAGGAACUAAUACAGCUGAUCAAAGAGACCAGUUCAGAGUCUGAAACGGAAAGGUGGGUGGACUACGUGAAUGACAGGCCUCACAAUGACAUGAGAUAUGCAAUGAAGUCUGAAAAGAUUCACAGUUUAGGAUGGAAGCCCAAAGUGCCUUGGGAAGAAGGAAUAAAGAAAACGGUUGAGUGGUACCGAGAGAAUUUCCACAACUGGAGGAACGCAGAAAAGGCCUUAGAGCCCUUUCCGGUUCAGCCGCCCUUUAUUUAAUCGCCAGUUGUGAAGAGGACGUCAUCCUACCUCUACUUCCACACGUGCCGAAAAGAAGUGCCAGCUCAUUCUGAGUGGCAGGGUGCUCCCGUGUGGGCUUCGGAUGCAGAGUCUCCACAAGCUCCAGUAUUGGUCCGGGGUUUCGUGCGGAGACCCGCUCAGCUGCAGAAGCGGGCCGUGGGCAGGAUGAGGACCCUGUCCGUCCGAGAACCCCUGCCUGUCGGCUCCCCAGCCCAACGGCCUCGGGUCCGAUGAUGUGAUAAUGGAAUCACGUUGAGCACUUUUUCACUUUUGAUAAUUUUGUAAAAUCAGGUUAGGUGAUUUUUAAGGAAAGAUGUAAAUUUCAUACAUUUUUGAAUCAGUUGUUGAUUUAUAUAUAACCUGUAUCAGAAAUUUCAUCAUGUAUCUACCAUGUACAAUGGUUUUAUUUAUAAAAGUAUCAAUAUAUUUUAAUAUAUUAAAUACAUGUUGUGGGUGUGUUAGUG